AUGACAACAGAGAAGAGUUUAGCGGCAGAAGCCGACAGCUCGGAGCAGCAGCAAACCAAGGAGGAGGAAGGAGCUGCUGAAACACAAAAGCAAGAGGCUUCCCUGGAGGAAGGGGCCCGGCAGCCGUCGGAGGGACAGCCCGUGGCGGGGCAGAAGCAGAAGGCCUCCAACGGCGAUACGCCCACGCACGAGGAGCAGAGCAAGAAGGAGCGACGUACCUCCGAGGGCCGGGGUCUCUCCCGCCUCUUCUCGUCCUUUCUCAGGAGGCCCAAGUCUCAGGUGUCCGAAGAGGACAAAGACAGUGAUGCUCCUAAAGAGGCGGGAGGAGACCAGAAGGAGCCAGGCUUAGGAGCCAGCCCCGAUGAAGACAUCCUGGUGAAAGCCCCGAUUGCAGCUCCUGAGCCUGAGCUCAAAACCGAUCCGUCGCUGGAUCUCCAUUCCUUAAGCAGCGCGGAGACACAGCCUGCACAGGAGGAGAGGAGGGAGGACCAGGAGCCGGAGAGCAAAGACCUCGGGGAGAAGGAAGGCGAGGAAGCCAAGGAGGAGCACGCCAAGCCAGAGCCGAAACAAGAGACGCCGGAGACCAAAGCGGAGAAGGAUUUGAAAGCUGCCCAGAAAGCAGUAAAAAGGCACAGAAACAUGUACUGCAAAGUCGUCUUGCUGGAUGACACCAUUUUUGAGUGCUCUGUGGAUAAACACGCCAAGGGGCAGGAUCUGCUUAAAAAAGUCUGCGACCACCUCAAUCUCCUGGAAGAGGACUACUUCGGUUUGUCCAUAUGGGACACGCCGACCUCCCGGACGUGGCUGGAUCCUGCCAAAGAAAUAAAAAAACAGGUUCAUGGAGGCCCCUGGGAUUUUACCUUCAACGUCAAGUUUUAUCCACCGGAUCCUGCGCAGCUGACAGAGGACAUAACCAGGUAUUACUUGUGUCUCCAGCUCAGACAAGACAUCGUGACGGGGCGGCUGCCCUGCUCCUUCGCCACUUUGGCUCUGCUGGGCUCCUACACGGUCCAGUCCGAGUUGGGAGACUACGACCCCGAUCUGCACAGCCCGGAUUACAUCAGCGAGUUUAAAUUGGCCCCAAACCAGACGAAAGAGCUCGAAGAGAAGGUUGUGGAGCUUCAUAAAUCAUACAGGUCCAUGACUCCAGCCCAAGCAGACUUGGAAUUUCUUGAGAAUGCAAAAAAGCUGUCGAUGUACGGAGUCGACCUUCACCAAGCCAAGGACUUGGAAGGAGUGGAUAUCACUCUGGGAGUCUGUUCCAGUGGCCUUCUUGUUUAUAAAGAUAAACUGAGAAUCAACCGCUUCCCUUGGCCCAAAGUCCUCAAGAUUUCCUACAAACGAAGCAGCUUCUUCAUUAAAAUUCGGCCCGGGGAGCAAGAACAGUAUGAAAGUACAAUUGGGUUCAAGCUACCAAGUUACCGGGCAGCAAAGAAGCUGUGGAAAGUAUGUGUUGAACAUCACACGUUUUUCAGGCUGACUUCCACCGAGGCCAUCCCGAAGAGCAGGUUCUUGGCGCUGGGCUCCAAGUUCCGCUACAGCGGCCGGACGCAGGCGCAGACGAGGCAGGCGAGUUCCUUGAUCGACCGCCCCCCUCCCCAGUUCGAGCGGACGGCGAGUAAGCGAGCCUCCAGGAGCCUCGAUGGGGUGAGUGCUGGAGCCCCUUCCCUCUUCGCGGCUGGAUUCU